GGACAGGCACUGUUUGAAGAGCUUGAACCAGAAACUCAGGACAGAGUCAUGCAAACAAUAAGCGACGACUCAAAUACAAACUAUGACAAACUCUUUCUAGGAUAUAGGUUACCUGAGAUGGGCGACCAGAGCCAAAAGGCAAAAAGGACAUGGGAAAUUUGCAACAUACUAGAUGAACAUAAUGCAAAGAUGCAACAACUUCAAGCAGAGGGCAAUGAAGGAAAAAGAAGAGUUAAAAACUCAGUCAGGAAGAAAGUAAAGCUUGGUCCACGUGGGUUCUAUUAUGACAUAUAA